AUGUCGAUUCUUAAAAAUGGAAUGAAACUACUGAUGAACAGAUCAGCUCAAAAUGCAUUGGGAAACAAAUGUCUCCACACUCCGUCGUCACUGGAUGCAGCUAAAGCUGUUAGCAUCAAGUCACCGAUCGCUAGGGCGUUUGCUUCUGGUGAACCAAAUGAAGAUAAAUUUUCCAACAUGCCAGUUGACCGAAUUACAUGUACAUUGAUUCCCGGCGACGGAGUCUAUCCUGAACUGAUGAACUCCGUCCAAACAGUACUGAAAGCAAUUGGGGCUCCUAUUGAUUUUGAAACCAUAUUGUUUUCAGAAGUACAGCAUUCUAGCAGUGCUAAAGUUGAAGAUGUUAUCAAAUCAAUCAAUCGCAAUAGAAUUUGUUUGAUGGGUGCGUUAAUGAGUCCCGAUGUUAGCUAUUCUGGAGAACUUCAAAAUUUACAUAUGAAACUCAGGAAAGGUUUAGAUUUAUAUUCCAAUGUUGUUCAUGUAGUUUCAUGGCCGGGAGUUGCUUCUAGACAUAAAAAUAUAGACAUGGUAAUUAUUCGUGAACUUACAGAAGGAGAAUAUUCAGCUCUUGAACAUGAAUCAGUCGACGGUGUAGUUGAGUGUUUAAAAAUUGUUACUGCUUCAAAAUCUCAGAGAAUAGCAAAAUUUGCUUUUGAUUAUGCUAUUAGAAAUAAUCGUGAACGUGUUACGUGUGUUCAUAAAGCUAACAUUAUGAAACUUGGAGAUGGUUUGUUUUUAAAAAGUUGUUCAGAGAUCAAACAACUAUAUCCUGGUGUCAACUUUGAAGCUAUGAUUGUCGAUAACUGUACUAUGCAGAUGGUAUCCAAUCCUCAACAAUUUGAUAUUCUAGUCAUGCCCAAUUUAUACGGCAACAUUUUAGAUAACUUGGCGGCUGGUUUAGUAGGUGGAGCAGGUGUUGUUGCUAGCUCUUCCUUCAGUCCUGAAUGCGCUGUGUUUGAACCAGGUGCAAGACACGUAUUCCAAACCGCCGUCGGUAAAAAUAUUGCUAAUCCCACUGCAAUGUUGAUGUGUGCAUCUAAAAUGUUAAGACAUGUUAAUCUACAACAUUACAGUGAAUCCAUCAGAAAUGCAAUUAGGGAAGUGCUUGCUGCAGGAAAAGUGAGAACGAGGGAUUUAGGUGGUUCAAGCAGCACUCAUGAAUUUACUGAUGCAGUUAUAAAAGCUAUUGUUUAA